GCGGACAUUCAAAUGAUAAUGUCCAUUCGAUCACUGUUCUUGUGACUCGUGGACAGUUAACAUCGUUGUCCAACAUUAGAAGGAUCAUUUGUACAAAACAUGAUUGAAUUUAAGAUACUGUUAAGCUUUUGCCUACUAUUGACGGUGGUGCAUAGUAAAACUGCUAAAUUAAACAGUUCCAAUGAUAUUGAAGAUCGUUCCUUCACCAUCGAUUAUGACCGUGACACAUUUGUGAUGGAUGGCAAAGAUUUCCGUUACGUGGCCGGAUCUUUCCACUACUUCAGAGCGCUACCGCAAACGUGGCGUACGAAGCUGAAGACGCUGCGCGCCGGAGGACUCAACGCGGUCGAUCUGUAUGUGCAGUGGUCAUUGCAUAAUCCGAAAGAGAAUCAAUACGUGUGGGAUGGGAUUGCCAACAUCAAGGAUGUCAUCGAGGCAGCAAUUGAGGCUGAUCUGUAUGUCAUCUUGAGACCGGGACCGUAUAUUUGCGCAGAAAUUGACAACGGCGGUUUACCGUACUGGCUAUUUACUAAAUAUCCAGGCAUUCAGGUUCGCACAAGCGAUCCAAACUACUUGCGAGAGGUGGCCGUUUGGUACGAAAAGCUGAUGUCACAGCUGACCCCAUAUAUGUAUGGCAAUGGCGGUCCCAUCAUCAUGGUGCAGCUGGAAAAUGAGUACGGGGCAUUUGGGAAAUGUGACAAACCCUAUCUGAACUUCCUGAAAGAAGAGACGGAGAAGUACACCCAAGGAAAAGCCGUACUCUUCACUGUUGAUAGACCGUAUGGCGAUGAAAUGGAGUGCGGUCAGGUUCCUGGAGUGUUCGUCACAACGGAUUUCGGUUUAAUGACGGAUGAAGAGGUUGACACUCACAGGGAGAAACUGCGUUCAGUCCAGCCCAAAGGUCCCUUGGUGAACACUGAAUUCUACACCGGAUGGUUGACUCAUUGGCAGGAAAGUAAUCAGCGCAGACCUGCUGAACCCCUUGCGAAUACUUUGCGGAAAAUGCUCCGCGAUGGAUGGAACGUCGAUUUCUACAUGUACUUUGGAGGAACCAAUUUUGGAUUCUGGGCUGGUGCUAACGAUUGGGGUCUCGGGAAAUAUAUGGCCGAUAUUACAUCGUACGACUACGACGCUCCCAUGGAUGAAGCUGGCGACCCUACAAUGAAGUAUACUAUCUUCCGAGACAUCAUUGGAGAGUAUAUUGACCUACCGGCUGUACCAGUUCCAGAUAGAGCAUCGAAAAUGAAGCAUAACCCAGUCGAGAUGACUAGUGUAGACUCCAUAUUCUCUUCAAACUCUAGAAGUCUCCUUGGUUCUCAAGAACGAAAAUCCAAUCAUCCGAUGACAUUUGAAGAACUGGAUCAAAAUUCUGGCUUUGUGCUGUACGAGACUACUUUGCCGAAAUUUACUCGGGAUCCUAGCCAAUUGACUAUCAACGACCUGAGAGAUAGGGCCCAGAUCUACGUAGAUGAGUUUUACGUCGGAACAUUGUCUAGGGAAAAUGCUAUAAAAACCCUUCCGAUCUCCGCUGGAUGGGGAUCGAAACUUUCAAUUCUGGUGGAAAAUCAAGGUCGUAUUAAUUUCGAUAUUCUAGAUGAUUAUAAGGGGAUCCUUGGUAACGUAACGAUUCAAAUUUAUGACGAGCCAUACUACAAUGAGCUAUCGGACUGGACCAUCACCGGAUAUUCGUUUGAAAAUUUCAGCCAACUCAAGCAGUUAACGGACACCGUUACUGAAGGCCAAGGCACCAAUGGACGAGGAAUGGCAAUCCACGGCCCUGUAAUAUUCAAGGGAAAGCUCGAAAUCGAUAGCAGCACCACUAUUCAUGACACGUACAUUGACAUGACUGGUUGGGGCAAAGGCUUCAUUAUGGUGAAUGGUUUUAAUCUUGGUCGAUAUUGGCCGGUUAUUGGACCGCAGGUAACGAUGUAUUUGCCGAAGGAACUACUGAAUGUAGGCUCAAAUGAAAUCACUUUGGUAGAGCUUCAAAGAGCUCCAACGGAUAAACUGAUCCAUUUCACUGAUAACGCAAUUCUUGAUGAAGCUUAAUAAACUGUAAUUAUUUUAAAUACUCACUUACAUA